CGAAAAUCCGUUACAGUUGCGGCGACCAACAACACUAAAAUGUCACAAAAUGUGUUAUUCCAAUCGAAAACAUCGAAUUUUGUUCAUUUUCUUCGGGAAAAAAUCAAGAAGAAAACAAAACGACUACAAUGCAAUAGAAGAUAACGCGGCGAAAAUCGCAUUUAACUUGUGACAUACGAAUUAUUGCACAAGUAGUCAAUUAUUCGCCGUCGGAUAUAGAUAUUGCUUAAGUUUGCUGUACAAGUAAAGUGCGCCGGGGUAAAUAAUUCAUCAAGAUUCAUAAUUUUCAGUAACGAGUAGAGCACGUAGACAUAAAUUUUGAAUAAUUACGCGAGUGAAAUAAGUAAAAUUUUAUAAAUUUUGCGCGUCGCAAACGGUGUAAUAUAGAAGAAGUAAGGGCGAUUACCAGGCAGCCCCAUGUGAAAAAAAGAGGAAUAUUCGCAGUGAAAAAAUGAGUUCUGUGAUUGUGGUCGACUCAUCCGACGAAGACGAGGUGCCAGCAAAAAGAGCCUUUAUAGCUCCUUCAAUUCCGGCCACAAUAACUCCAAUAAAAGGAACAACAACACAAUGUCCCGCAAACGUGUCAACAAAUCAACUCAAGCACAAAAAAAUAAAAUCGCGUCCUAUACCAAGCGGCAUUACAAUCACACGCCGCAGUCCUAUAAAUGUGACCUCAUCGAGCUCAGCCAGCAACAACGCAAACCCGCCUGCUGCUGCUGCAGGCUCAAAUGCCACGACUAACAUGAGUGAUUCGUUAUCAGCUAAAAUUUCAGCGGCAACAGCGGCUGCAACUAGCAAACUAAAUUCGAUGCUGUCCAAAACAACGAUGCCCAGUCUUCUAAAACUGAAUGCAACUUCUUCGAUAAGCAAUGUUAAAGAAAGACAAACGCCCACACCACCAAGGCAGAUGCCGCAACAGCUAAACCAAAAACAGCAGCAACAACAUCAACUGCAGACUACAGUGAAGCAAAACCAACAAAGGCCGCCACAGCAAGGGUUACCGCUUUUAUCACAAUUGCCGCAGUUGCAGCCAUCGCCCUCGGUGUUACGCAAACGUUUAUCGACAACAGCGGCGUUGCCUACGCAACAAUUGCAAGCACAGCAACAACAGCUGCCAAAGCUGCAGAAAUCGAAACAGCAGCAAAAUCCCCCUAAAUUGCAGCAACCACAGCAACUACAGCAAAGGCCGCAAUUGUUUCAACUCGAGCCACAUGCACGCAAGCUAAACACACCACCUGCCACUAUCACAGCUAUUGGAUCUGGCAGCGCUUCAACAGCUUCCACAUCCAAUGCGGCGCUACUCCCACUGAUCUCAACAGUACAAUCAAUGGCGGCAGGUGCGACACCACCGCUUCAACUGCUGGCUACACCACCGCAUAGUGCGGCAACAACAUUUAGCGAUCAGCAACUAUUCAGCCCAAAGCUAAUGCAUACCACAUGCAGUUUGCCGCCAUCGACAACGGUUACAGCCGCCCGACCCCAAGUGUCCAGCAGCACCAAUAUCAGCAAUAGCAAUAGUAACACUAGUGGUAUAAUCAAUAAUAACAACAAAAACAUUAAUAAUAACUUUAAAAUUAUGUUACCACCAAAAAGUAGCAACAGCAGUGCGGUUGGUGUAAAUCUCACGACAUCGUCAAUGGCUUCAACACCGGCAACGACAUCAAUGGCCACACCAGUAGCAUUACAGCAGUCUAAUUCUGGGCCGCGUAUAGCCUAUGUGAAUAGCCUGGCGACACAAAUCAGCCCAACGAUCAAUAAAACAAACAGCAACAGUGCAGGCAAUUACGCCAACAAACCCAGAGCUUCAACGGCAGCGGUAGUGCCAAUUGCAAUAACAGCGGCCCCACAACUGGCGUCAAUAGGGGUUCCUCCGACAUCAGGCACAAACGUAUCAACACCUUUAUCCACGAAUGCAUUAUCGAGUGUUCGACGCGUCAAACCGACGACGUUGCUACGUAAAAACGAUGAGGCAUGGUUGAAGCGCACCUGUGCCACAACAACUGCAAACAAGUUUAAUGAUGACGACUUAGUAUUAGAACUGUUGCCGCAUUCCGCCAAUUCUAAAGCGCAGCCCCAAACGACAGCACAGGUAGCAGCAGAUGCAGCUCAAAACUCAACAAAGCCACAAACACUACCAAUGCAAAAGACACCAACAGCGUCAGUUUCUAUCCCUAACAAACCUACAUUUGUAAGCACACAAAAAACGGCACUAAAUAAAUCAGCCUUUCCACUGAAAAUAGAUCUAACAGAGUCACCUACUAAGCAUAGUGCGUCUAGAGUCACAGAAAUUAUUACAAUUUCGCCAACGACUUCGCCAUCAACAUCAGCCAAAAAUAAGCCUACCGAUCUAAUUGUAAAUGGAGAUGCCACUACGCAAUCAGCGAAAAGUACCUCGUCGAAUUCCAAUGAAAAAAUAAAGUCUUCUGAUGAGCGACCACCGCUUUCAAGUGAUUAUGAGGAGCUGUUGAAGGUUUGUCGAGAAGCGGACUCGUCGGCGGACAUGCAGAAGCUCGUGAAGACGAAACUAAUAAAAUACUAUUAUAAUGUGCAUCCCGAUUUCGUACGUUCCAAAGGCUUUAGCAAGAAUUUGCGCACAGUUAUUGCAAAUAUACAGAAGGAACCGGAUUUAGUAUACCUGCAUCUAAAGACAAUUGUGGACGAAUUGAAAGUGCGCAGCAAGAACAUAGAAGCGGUGUCAACUGUGGUGGUAACACAGGAUGAGAAAGGUGAUAGCGCUGGUGAUGGUGGUGGUAAUAGUGGGAAUGCUGGAGAAAGAGUUAGAGACACCGGUGGAGGCGGAGAAGAAGCGGCAAGCGGUGGAGGGCAGGCCGAUGACAUAAGUAGUACUGGCAACAAACACACUGACGAACAGAUCAAGAAAUUGAAUAAAGCACUGUAUAUACUGACAAAGCGUAUAGAGGUGCUAGAGUCAGCCGAAGUCGAUUGGGAAGAUGAAGAUUCAAGCUAUCUACAAGUGGAGCGUUUCAAAAAACGUGCUUGUCAGAUUUAUGAAAAAAUUUGUGAUCUUACCGGGGAGAGCAAGAAUGCGCAUCGUUUGGUAAAAAAACCAAUACAUUUUAAUGGCACCACCUACACACAAUUCAAUAAGACACUGCAGGCGUACGUUAACCGUACAAAAGAGUUUCCCGACUACUUCGACGUGCUGCGUAUGCUUGAACACUGCAAUCGUCAGUAUGACUAUGCUUUAGCAAAUUUCGAAAUGAAGCGCAUCGCGCAUGACGCCUUCAUUAAGGUCGGGAAGUUGCUGCAGUCGCGCCGUAAGACUGAUCUCUACGAGACCGUUACACAUUUCACAGCCCACGAAAAAGAUCCAGCCACCAUAGAUCCCGCGCUACAAGCAAAACUAAGCGAGAACCAAAAGAAACGAACACGUAUAAGUGAUGUGAUUGAGAAAUUUGCGCGCGAACAGGAUAUGAUCAAGGAAGAGUUGAAGGAAGCACGCCAGGCCAAAGUGGUGAAGCGCUUAAGGAGUGAGAGUGGCGAUGACGAUGAAGAUGAUGGGGUGCCCAGCACUAGUGCGAGCGCUGCAAAAGCUGCUGCAAUUAGAAAGAGAAAGCAUAAAAAGGAAAAUGGUGACAUUGUGAAUGCUAAUGAAAGCGGUGGUGACAAUGAUGAGAUGGAUGAUGAAGAGGAGGAGGAUGAUGAAGAUGACGAUGAAGAGGAUGAUGAAGAGCAAGUGAAUGGCAGUGAUUUAGAGGCUGAUGUUGAAAAAUUAGCCAACGGUGAUCUAUCUGAUGUUGAGUCGGAUGUGGAAAUUGUAAUAAAUAGCUCCACAGACGAAAUAAAUAAGGAACCUAAACUAAUCAACAAAGAUGCGGAACAACAACAAGCUGCAAAAGGCAAAAAUUCGACAGCUUGCACUGGAACUGAAACGGCAACAACGUGCACGAUAACGAAAAAUAAAGUGAAAUUAGAUGUUGCUCAAAGAACACUAUGUGUGGCUACAGUCACAAAGCCAACAGUAACGUCUACUCAAUCGAAAAUGUCUGUAAAUACUAAUGUAACGAGACAAAAGACUGCAGAUCCAUUAGCCAGCCCUACACCGAAAUUAUACGCACAGUCCAAUAUACGGACGUCAUCCCCAAAAACGGAAGUUGACGGCAGUAAGCAAGCGGCGGCAACCAUAGCGAAUGGGCGCAUGAAGAGUGUCACACAAAGCAACAGCAGCAGUGGCAGCAGCAGCAUUAAGUCAACAACACAAGCACCAACCAUCAAAAUUGUUUCCGUCUCAAGUUUAAAAAGCAAAGUAGAUAUUGUGGCUAGCAACGAAUCUGGUAUAGCAGCCAAACAGGUUAUUCGGCAUAACGCCACGUUGGUGGAAACACAACCGCAAUCGCAAUCGCAACCACAAAAACAAACUACAACAGCAAUCAAACGACAACGAACUGUUGCGGAAAUUGUCAUCUCCGAUGAGGAAUCGUAGUUGUGACUGCAAGCGUUGCAGCAAUUUACCUAAAUUGACUGCAAAAAAAUUGUUUUUAUUUUUUGUGAACCUACAGUAUACAACUAAAUUAUUAUGCUAAUCUUCAAUAUGGAUUUCGUUCGCUUUUUUAUGGCUCAAAUAAUUUUCAUAUACAGGUCUAAGCUGGAUAUCUUAGAUUUCCAAGCAUGUCGUGGCACAACUGUAGACAGCCAUCAAUUAGUUGGUUUUGCCUUUUUUUGCCAUCCUUAGGCAGUAUAAAUGACAACACAAACAAAACACGUUCUUACAGGUUUAUAAACUACGAUUGUUUGCAAUGGAUUUGCAUAUCUGCUCUCAGAAUUUAUGCCGUUUUGUUGUUUUUUUUUUUGGUUUGUGUCGAAAGUGUUGGUUAAGACUGUUCGCCCGACACUCGGUUCUACGUAACCGGAACUACCCGGAUUUACUACAUAUCCGGUCAAGGACUGUCACUCUAGCAGCAUUCCCCGUACAUGUAUGGGGAAUGUUCUACUGUUCUGCAUAUUUUUCUCAAAUUUCUUGACUAACUCGACUGGGGCAAGCGAGAUAAGGACAAUCCUUAUGAAUAUCUGUGCACUUUUGACAAAACAACUUAAAUCGACUUGACACUCUGUACCAGAGAAUCACUAAAUUUCUUGAUUUUAAGGGGGUCUUCUGGUCUCGAGGCCCUGAAAUGAAGGGUUUUUUUGGGGAUUGAUUGUGACAAAUCCUGUGAAUAUUUAAAAAAUUUUUUUUUUUUAUUUUAAAGGUACAUGUCUUGGCUUUUAAAAAAUGGUUUUGACUUUGAAAAAAAUUAACACCCGCGACCUUGAAAUGGCGCUGAAGACGUCCACCUCCAAACGAAACAGGUCUCCAUUUUGGUCACGGUUUUUCCACCUGGGUAAUCAGAAAGCAAAAAUUAGAUAUGCGUUGUCUUCAGAGUUGCCCUGGUUAAGUUUUCCCGUGACAGAUUUUUUUUUUUAAAUUUUUUUCAAAAGUUAUGCAACAAUUUGCAAAAAAAAAUUUUUUUUUUGCUCAUUUUUGAACUUUAAAAGGUUAUAAAAAUGGAAUGAAAAAAAAUUUCAAAAAUCGUACACGGGGAAACUUAGCGGUAAGUUUUCCGAACCUUUUAAGACCAAAACCAUUGAAAUCGGAGUAUAACUACUAUGAAAAGUGUAACCAAAAUGCUUAAAAACACGAUUUUCGGGGAAACGCGUUUAAAGAUAAAGUUUAUGAUAAAACGGCCGGAGGAGGGUACACUUCGGUGCCCAGAAAAAUGUGAAAAAAUGCGAUUUUCAAAAAAUCCUUUCUGUGGCGUAUUCUCGCAUACACAUACAACAAAAUUAUGCAAAAAAAAAAAAAUCGAUUUUUUUUCGCUGGAGACCAGAAGACCCCCUUAAUGUAUUAAUUCCAUUAUAAUAAAAGUUUAAUGAAAAUAUUAAAGUUUUUUUUUUUUGAAUAACCCUGAUUUAUUGAAAAUCAGGCAAAAAUGUCUUAAGUCAAAUCAGUUUUUGUUGUUGUCAAUAGUUCACAAAUUCUAUAUAAUGCUCCAAUCGUACAGAUUCGUGAAAAAUUGCUGCGAUUUUAUGAUUAUAUAAAUAUGAUCGUAUGAAUAUGGGUUGUUACGACUAUUUCAGCACAGGGCUGUAAUUGCAGAUUUGUAAUGCCACUGUGCGCGUACAGUUUUUGGCCGGUGCAAUGGUUCUGGAACUUAUACCCGUUAGGAACGAGUUACAGUUUGUAAUAUUUUCUUGACUUCUUAACUUUGUAUUAUAUAACUUUUACAAAAGCCAUCUCUUAUCUAUGUGAAAACAACUCCGCCAAUUUAAGUUUAAGCUGACGUAGCUGGUAAACAUUUCAUUGUAAAUAUACUUUAUAAGAACUCAUAUACCAUACAUAUGUAUACUUUUGUUAAAAACAUUUUAUAAGAAGUGCUGGAAUAUUUUUUUACUCCCCUCACUCACAUUAAAUAUUUGCUAAUAGCAAAAUAUGAAUAAAUUCCUUGGGAACAAAAACAAAAAAAAAAAAAGG